AGGGAAUGGAGUGACCAUUGACUGGGCAUUUAUUGCGUGCCAAGCAGCACAGGGGAAACAGUCCUGCUCAGGGAACUGGGUUCAAAUUCAAGAUCAUCUGAUUCAACAAGGCACCCCGACAGGCAAAGCUGGCAGAGUAAAGGCUUCGACUCCUCUCCAUGGCCCACCAGAACCUGGCCUCGAAGAUCUUCUGUUUAUGCUGCAGAGACUGUGAGGAGCCCCAUGCUGCGGAUGACUCCAAGGUCCCCAGUCACACCCGAGAGCAUCAGCCAUAGACCUGCAGCUUGCAGAAGAAAGAGCUGGCCAGCAAGAAUCCCAAAGAUGCUAGCAAAGCCUCCCGCUUGCCUCUGGGACAGCCUCUGAUCCAACCAGAAAAGAGAGCCUCCUCCACCAGCAGCAAUGAGUACGAGGAACGGAAUACACAUGUUUGCCCAAGAGGUUUUUACAAGAGAAACCUAAACCGCUACUCUCAGGACCACUGGCCAUUCCAGCCAUGCCACAUUGGGAGACCCUGA